AUGGCCGACGACGACCCCUCGGACUCUCCUCUCUCUCGUCAAUUUCUCAUCUUAUAUGCCACAGAAACAGGAAAUGCGCUUGAUGCUGCAGAGCGCAUUGCACGUGAAGCCUUACGUCGGCACAUCCGCACGUCCAUCCACAGUGUCGACAGUUAUACACCCCAGUCACUCAUUGACGAGCCCAUUGUCGUCUUUGUCUUAUCCACGACCGGAAGCGGUGAAGAACCACGCAGCAUGAAGACGUUGUGGCGGUCGCAUUUGUUGAGGAGUGACCUACCGGCCGAUUUGUUCGACGAAAUGAUGUUUACCGUGUUUGGGUUAGGGGAUUCGGCCUAUGAACGUUUUUGCUGGGCGAGCAAGAAACUCGUUAGGAGGUUGAAAGGACUUGGUGCACACGAGUUUUGCGAGAGCGCGCAUGCAGAUGAACAGGAGAGAUUCGGAUAUGAGACCGUGUUGAUGCCCUGGAUGGACACACUCUUUGCUGCCCUCCAGACGGUUCUUCCACCUAUGCCCGACGGUCUUGACAUUAUUCCUUCAUCCACUCUUAUGCCGCCAAGAGCCAGAGUAUCUUUUCUCAAGGACACUGGGGUGCCCACUACGCCCCUAAUACCGACCGAACUGGCUACGACGUAUUACGACGCCGUCCUCACACAGAACAGGCGCAUCACGGCCACUGGAUGGACGCAGGAUGUAAGAGACAUCGUUUUGGAAUUUGAUGAACGAGUCCAAUGGUCACCGGGAGACAUUGCCGUUCUUCAUCCUCAUACGCACCCAGAUGACGUUAAAACACUACUCGACCGCUUUGGGUGGACAGAAAUAGCAGACACUCCUCUCACCUGCACACCAACCGAGACACUUUUGACAUCCGAACCCAGUUCCAACUCGGCUGAAGAUCAUUCCACGCCGUCGCUUCUACCUUCUCACAUCACGCCAUCCACAGUCACAACGCUCCGCGAGCUCUUCACGACCACACUUGACAUUUCGUGUGUCCCCCGCAAGUCAUUUUUCGAGUGGCUCAUUCAUUUUACAUCGGAUCCUCUUGAAAAGGAAAAGUUUGAAGAAUUCACGUCGUUAUCCGAGGAAGGUCAGGAUGACUUGUACCAAUACACACACCGCGUGCGUCGCACAAUCCUCGAGGUUCUCUGCGACUUUCGAUACGUCAGCAUACCACUCGACUAUAUCUUUGACGUUUUCCCGCCAAUCAGAGCCCGGCAGUUUUCCAUCGCUAGUUCGUCCCGUGUGGCGCAGGACAGAGGUCGCGGCGCACUAGACGGGUCGCCAAACGCAGAUGCAGGUGCUUCUGCAACACGGAUGGAACUGUGCGUCGCUAUUGUACAGUACCGUACAAAGCUCAAGGCGCCGCGGCGUGGGCUCUGCACGACGUGGCUGAGUGCUCUCAAGCCAACACCGAGGCGUGCGCAAACGAAAGGAGUCAAUGGAGGUGACGACAUAGAGAAAGACAGAGGGAUCCGCGUCGGGAUACGCAAGGGCGCUCUGCGUCUUCCACCAUCACCACCAUUACCAACAUCCACGACUACGACUGACGCUGGAGAGCAAAGGGAUGAGACUCCUGUGAUUUGUGUAGGACCAGGGACAGGUAUCGCACCAAUGCGUGCAAUCAUUCAGGAGCGUGUUGCAUGUGGUCAACAUCAAAAUACGCUCUACUUUGGAUGCCGGUCCUCGAUGCAGGAUUACUAUUACGCCACCGAGUGGGAGUCACUCGCACAGAAGGGACAAUUAGUCUUCUCGGUCGCAUUUUCUCGAGACCAGGAGAACAAGGUGUACGUCCAAGAUUUGAUUUCAGGACAUUCGACGAGGAUAUGGGAUUUGGUGGAUAAACACAGGGCGUGGGUGUACAUCUCCGGGUCAUCCAACAAGAUGCCCGCUGCGGUCAAAGCUGCCAUCCAAGCAGCUGCCGUGAGCGUUGGAGGGCUGUCCGAACCCGACGCGGAAAAGUACAUUACGCGAAUGGAAUGGGAAGGGCGGUUAUAUGAAGAAUGUUGGAGUUAG